GGAAAGCAAUGAAAAGGAAGUCCCAGAUGAUUCGAAAAAAGACGAUGAUGAAAAAAAAUCAAAUGGAUUGACAGAUAGCAGAACGGUAUUUGUGGAAGGACCACUUUCGACGGAAGAUGAAGAAACGAAGAUGUUUGAAAAUGGGCAGGGCUAUGAUAAAGAAGGCAAUGAAAAGAAAGUCCCAGAUUAUGCGAAAAAAGACGAUGAUGAAGAAAAAUCAAAUGGUUUGACAGAUAGCAGAACGGUAUUUGUGGAAGGACCACUUUCGACGGAAGAUGAAGAAACGAAGAUGUUUGAAAAUGGGCAGGGCUAUGAUAAAGAAGGCUAUGAAAAGGAAGUCCCAGAUGAUGCGAAAAAAGACGAUAUUAAUGAGUCAGAAUAUAGUUGUGUAUCUCCUAGUGAAUCGUCAUUAAUCGACAUCGAAACACCACGAAGUUCCAUCCCAGAGCAAGUCGUUGAGGCCAGUACACACAGGAAGAGGUCAGACCAAAGCAUUGAGUCAGGCCUCGAUUCACUGCUGCUGUUAGAUGAUGUCAUUGAGCACCAGAAUGCUUUGUCAGCCUCGCUCAGUUCGCUUGAAACUGGAUUUGAAGAAGAAGAAGAGAUUUACGGAUUGAUAAGAGAGGCGUCUGCUGAGUUGAUUCAAGUUGAUCAGUUGCUCGUAUCUGCAAGGAGUGAUGAUUAUGAAUCAAUUGAAUCACUGCAGAAAGCGCUAAUCACGCUUCACGAUGCAGAACGAGGCCUUCUAAGGAUCCAGAAAAUUCUGACAUCCAUUGACAGGCACUCGCAUUCCGCAAACGUCGCUUGUGGCAGCCGUCCCUUGAGCAACAUACAACAACAUCUCAGUUCAUCGUUGGUGGAAAUCGCCAAUCGCAAAGCAACGGUUUCUAAGGCAGUUCUGGACGUCAUUCGUGUGCAAGAUCAAAUCCGUGAAACUGAGAAGGAAUUGAGUAACGUUGAGAGAAGAUUACUAAUAGACAGAAGUACCGACGAAAUAAAUAUGAUGAUAGCUGGCAUCAAAAGCUCCACUAAUAAACUUCACCAAUUAGCUAAUGGAAAAGUAAUCACGUGGGCACAGAGAUCAAGUAUAGAUGUCCUGAUUUUGCAGCAUGGUGCGCUUGAAAAUAGACUUAAAGAGAGGUUAAAACAAGAUUGCCGUGCAUUGCCGUCUUCGAAAACUACAGGCGUCUUUUUCUCGUCUGAGGAGAGAGACGAAGAUGUUGUUCCAAUGACUGGAAUACGUCAGUCAGAGAAUACACUUCUGCCCAAGAUGAAUAAUGUUUAUAGUGAAUUGUUGAGUUUGAAAGAUGAAUCAGAAAAGCUGAAAGACAGUUUUGAGUCUCUUUGGAUUGAUGGUGAAGACUCGACCCCGGAUGAAGCAAUAGAGGCAAUGCUUUCAUUCAAGAAAAAUAUCCUGAAGCAAAAGACUCAGUUGGAAUCUAUGAAAGGUAGUUUCGAUAUCGACUGCAGACGAACUCCAGAAAUCGAAAAACAGCAGCAGCUUUUGAGGACGGUCGAUGAAGAAGUUACCACACUUUUAGAUGAAAUAGAAAAUCGAAUAUGUGCUGGAAGGAGGUUCGCAGUGUUGGUACGAGGCUGCAGCUCUUUAGUUGAAACUUGCAAUAGUUUGAUGAAAGAUGCGAUCGGAAACCCGGUUUUGAAAAAGUUAAUCGAGCAGAACAUUGACACAUUACAGCAAAUGAUUGAAGAGAUUGAUAUUUUAUUGGAAUCCUCCCCUGAAAUUGCCAAAAAGUUUGGUUCUUUUGCGCAGAGUUUGAACGAGAAGUGGAACAAAUUACAAAUAAGCCUUCUUGAAAACAGUAUCCUAGAUUCCACCGGGCAAAAUGAAUCAACAAGUUUGAACGAAACUAUAAUGCCGUGGGAUGAUGCUAUCACUUCGGAUGGACUAAAAUAUUCGGAAUCGGAUGUGAAAUCGCAAAACAUAUUUUUGAAUGAUGGCGAAGCAUCUGGAGUGCCGAGAAUCCAGCGUGAAGUUACUGACAAGGUUGGACAAGAGGUCAAUCCAGUGGAUGACUAUGAAAUGGAAGGAGUCAAGUUUAAAGGAGAUGAUGAAUUCAACAACAAACUAGUGGAAGAACCUUUAACCGAGUCUAAGAUGCACGAAUCUGAGAUAUCACUGAAUUUCGAAGCUUUAAAGGAUGCUGAGUUUGAUCCUAAACACAUAGCCCAUAGAAUCGAAGGUAGUCUUGACAAAGACAGCGGGUCUGACAAUGAAACUACAACAAUAGAUGUCGUCGAUCAAUUUUUUGCCACUUGUAUUGAUGACAAAAAUUAUGUAGACGAGUUCAACAAAAAGAUCGAGGCUCUUGAUGUAUUGCUAGAGCAAGAGAGAACUUUUUUAAAGAAUCUUGAAAGCAAAAAGAUACAAGGCAGUUUGAAUUUAGCAUUCGCUUCAAAAAGCGGUCGAGAAAAAAUAAAGGGAAAGCAAAGGUCGGGAGAAGAAGCAGAAGAUCUAUGUUCUUCAAUAGGGUCAAUGAUAUCUGAUUCAAGUGGAGUUUAUUCGUUUGAUCACGAUGACAGUCUUCAGACUGCCACCGAUACAAUGCCCUUUUCCGUCAAGACCAUUUUUACAAUGGACAGGCCCAUCAUCUCGGAGUCUGUGGCCUUGCCCAACAGAAACACCUUCAAAAAUGCGAGGCAGGUUGAAAGUUUCAGUCGCCAGCUCGCGAUUUCCGACGAUCUCCCACAAAUCGGAUUGUCUGAAUGCCAAAAUGGGCAAACAGCGAAAUCAGGUGACCUGUCUCAGUCGAACAUAAGGAAUUUGCCAUCAAAAGAAAGUGGAGAUUCAACGAGUCAGAUGAAUCUCACAUCAGAAAUUGGCAAAGGACUGAGCAGAAACCAAAUGAAAUCCAGCGCAGAAGACGACAAGCAAUCAAUAGAGAAUGAUUCCCAGCAAAGUGACCGAACCAUGUACAACAGUGACACCCCCGUCAUGACAGGCAAUGAGGAUGACGAUAACAACUCGUUUCUUGAAGUCGAAAUUCCAACAGCAACAACAGAAUGUAUCGUGCUAGAGGCCAUUAUUCCAGAGCCAGUUCGUUUUGAAGAAGUGUCUGUGAUGGAGACAGUUGCACAGAUAUCAGCUGUUGAUAAAGUAGAACACGUAAAAGAGUCCAAUUUGCCAUUAACAAGUAACAUCGAGGCUGAAAUGCAAAAUCCAACAUCUCUAGUGAGGAGACCCGUCCGCCAAAAAAAGCGGAAAAAUGCACAUCUGCCUGCUGAUGACACGCUUUCACCAGAUUCAGGAGAGCUUGACUUUGCAGAGCUCUUUCGUAAGCUUGAAUCUGCCUCGAAAAGCAGUGGUGACACGGAAUACAGUGUUGCAGACCAGGUUGAAGCCGAGUUAGAACACAACGAGAAUCUGGCAGUUUUUGCCGGUCCAUGCAUCAAUGUCAUCCCUCCAACCCCGCGAAGAAGCUCUGUUUGCUCACAUGUCUCAGACAAACUCUCAAUAAAACAGGAUUCAUUUGAUUUGCCGGAUAUCAACAUUAUCCCAGCCACUCCUCGUCGCAUGUCGUUUACGUCUAAGGACAUGGCUGUAACCACCCCAGUUUCUGUAGCCCUGUCCUGUCAAGAAUCUGGAAACUCGUCAAAAACGACUAAUGACGAGCUUAUCUUCAAGCCGAUGCCCUUCGGCCGCUCUUUGUCAAUGACUGAGGUGACUCCAGAUAUAAAUGUAAUACCACCGACACCAAGGAGGCAGUCUCUUGACCUUUCUCUUCCAAUGAUAGAAGUAAUCCCGCCAACACCCCGUCGCCAGUCGAUGGAAUCCGAACAUGAUGUGGCUUUAACCCCGAGUGUCAUACCUGUAGAGGACCAGAGUUCUAACUUGCAGGACGAACCAUCAUCCCCUUCACUUUUGUCUUCAAAACCUUGCCCGAUGAUCCCACGUGUUUGGAACUGGCUUGAGAAAUCAGUUUUCGACGAAUCCUGUGACUCUUUGGAUGAAGCCUUAGAUGUAACGAUGGAUGCAGACUGGCAAAAGCAGCAUGAAAUUUUGCGCGUGACACAAAGAGCCGAAAUUGAACACGAACCAAUAAAAGCAGUCUCUGUGGCUCCUGUUGAGCAGGUAGACCCUUUAGCUAUUCCUCUGAAGGCAUUGAGCGUUGCAAAGAAUGAUUCUUCCGAAGACUUUGUUGAAGGCUCACAAGAUAAAUUUGCAAUGGUUCCAACUAAGCGUUUGUCGGAAUCUCCUUUCAACAUGGGAUAUGAUAACUUCAAGGAUUCUUCAACAAAUGUUGGAGCUGGGGGAUUCGAAGAUGCAAGCGAUCUACAAAAAGUAGGAAAAGAAAACGAGGAGGUAAAGCAAGGCGAAGAUGUCAGCCCCGAUUCAGUGUCUUUGAGUUCGAUAGAGGUGGCUGGUGAAGGCGACUUUGAAGUGCGUGUGAUCAGACUGGAGAAUGAUGUGAUGAAAGACGAGGGCUUGAGAGAAAUAAAUAUGCAAGAAGCUCUCAAAGAUGAACAGGAAAAUGGUGUAAACUUCGCUGGAUCUGGUACCGAUCUAGAAAACGAUUCUGUCCUUCUUAGAAUUGGUAGCCAGUUGAAAGACAUUGGAGCCGAACGGCUUGCAUUGAAUCAAAGGAGAGACAGCGGAAAUAUUGACGAAGGGACAACGGCAGUAAUCUGCCUAGAUGAUUUAAUUGAUAACGAGACUAAUGAAGCGGUGGCUGCUGGGAUGGAUGGCUUUUACGAACGAAUAAGCAACUGCUUGGAGUCGAUGUGCAACAUCAACAAACUUGUUAUGAACGAAAGCAAGUGCGAAAACGAAAAAGAAGAGGAUCUUGCUAAUCACAUGAGGGAGCUAUUUGGCGUCCUUGGCGGCCAGCAAUCUGAAGUAGAUUCGCUGAAUCUUCUUGGCAACCAGAUAAUGCAUUCAAAUGAUCAUAGCAUACGUGAAGUUGUACGGAAGCAUUUAGAUGGUCUUAAUGAGAACUGGAAGAGGGUUAAAGGCAGAGCUCUCUCAGAACCACCCGUCUUUUCAGCUAUGCCUAGACGGGAAUAUGAAGAUGUAACGGAAGAUGGUUCAAGAGACCAGAUUUUCAAGUCAAGCUUUGCAACCGGGGAAUUGGAGUCCGAGUUUAUGCCGGACAGUCACCUGCGGUAUCAAGUUUCCUUCUCGGAUAUUUUUGAUUGGAUGGUGAGAUGUGAAGAGGCCCUGAGGCGUUCAGUUGAGAAACAUUUGGAUCUUGAGAAAUUUGAGCGUCAGGCAGAGAGAUAUCUGAGCAUCGCGUUUGAAGUAUGUGCCAAUGUGCCUAACAUGCAUGAAUUGCGACUGCAACUCAAGGGACUGAUCAGCGGUGACUGCAGCGAGAGUUUGAGAGAUCAGCAAAAUCAUUUGGAAGCACUAUGGAACCAUUUGUUAAGGCGACUAGAACAAAAGCAAUCAGCGUUAAGAAAGGCUUUUUACAAUCUGUUGCAUGGAAGUAGCCCUUUAACUGAAAUUAAACGAGGUUCUUCCAGGCAGAAGUGUUUGGAGCGAUGGUUGACUAGGCUACAGGGUGCAGUUGAAAGAUUUAAGCUGCUUCCAAAUGUACUGAAUUGCACACGUGAUGUUGACUUUGCUGCCUUGAAGCUGGUCGUAGCAUCAAUAAGAGACCAGGUGAAAUUCCUGGAAGAGCUUUUACACAAGUUGAAGAACGAACAGUCUUAUGCUCAUGCGUUUGCUUCGUUACUUGGUGUCCUCAGCAGACUCACUCCUGCAAUCGAUGACGUCACAUCAGAACUGACUAGGCAGAAUCCCGAUUUUCUAAUUCUAGACGAAGCUGAAGAGCCUGAAGUUCCCGAUGAAAUGAGUGUCUCUUCGACUUGUGCUACACCAGUUGUUCUGAGUGUCCCAUUCACCAGCAGUCGGCUCUUGCUACCCUUUGAUCGAAGUUAUGCUAGAGAUUUUUUUGAAAAAGAACUGGAAAUGUUUGCUGCCUUUCUUUCCCAGCAUGAAAACAUUGUGCAAAGUAGAAUCCAAAUAUCGAUGAUUCCAGACGAGUUAGGCGAGGCUAAGGUUCAACUUGAAGAGUUUCAAAAACUGGCCUAUGCGCUUAAAAGCAAACAGAUGCCCAUACAGUUUAUGUACGAACAACUGACGUCAUUAAUGGGUGUCUCGUUUUCAGACGAGACCGAGGCGAAAUACAAGUUUUUAAUGGAAUCUGCGGAGAGACUUUACGAUGCAAUGCAAGAGAAGUUGAAAUCUAUGACGAACAUUGUUUUGCUCUGGCAGUCAUUUUUGACCCGGAGUGCUCAUAUCGUGGAAUGGGCUGACAAAUUGAGCAGCGUACCAUUGAAAAGACUCAGUGAAAGCGAGGAAUACGAUCAAGAAAGUGUUGUUAUAAAAUUGAUAAGAUUUGGUGAGCUGGAGAAGAGAGCCUACGAGAAGCAGAGGGCCAGGGAUCGAAUUGAGAAAGAGGCAGUUGCUUUGAUGGAGGCUACAGGGAAUGCAACGAUAGCCGACCGUCUUGAGUUCGUUAACCGCACGUGGCUUGCACUCCGGGACACAAUUCGCAGUGAACGCCUUCGCUUGGAAAAUUUGUGUAGAAUGUGGCGUGAGUUCGAAAACCUCUACCAAAAUCUCAGUCAAAGCAUUUGCUCCUGCAGAAUUUUAGCACAAGAAGACAACCGGACCUUCAAGUCGUUGGAUAUGCUCGGCCAAGAGCUUGCAGUCUCUGUGGGCCGUAUGGAUGAACUGAAGGAGAAAGAGAGACUUAAAAGACAACUUUUUACUUUGGGCAAGAACAUUCAAAGCCAGGUGAAAUCUUCCAAUACGUGUAUUAACAACAAUAUCAUGGAGCUUGAAGGUCAGUGGGAACUUCUAGAAGCUGAAUUGAAAUCAAGAAUAGAUCUUUUGAAAAAGCUGUCACACGAGAUGGAAUCAAGUGCAUUGGAGCGAACAUGUGCAUAUUUGGAAGACAAAUUAGAGGACUGUGAAACUGAGUUUGAAAACCGGUGUGCCAAAGAGACAUUGAAAGACAGCAAAGAAGUGAAAAAAGAAGAAGAAUUUUGCCAGAAACUGCAAAUGUCUUUGGACAAGCUGAAUGCAAAACACCUAGAGUUGCCAGAGGUUCUUGGAUUCUCACAUCGAAAUGCAAGAAGGAUUGACGUAAUCAAGACCAGGUUGGAUAAGCUUGAUCACGAGCUGAAGAAUCAUCAAAAUGAUACGAAGGGACUUUUUAUUGAAACGGCAAAAUACGAAGAGCUUUCUAGAAAUAUUAAAGAUGUUUUGAAACGCGCUGAGAAGUUUUUAGAAAAUGUCUCGAGUUCUGAUUCUGCUGAUGGUUUGAAUCGCACACAUGCGUCGAUGCAGCUUGUGAGCACCUCUAUGGUGGACGCCCAGCCCAUGAUUCGUAUGAUAGAAGACGUGUCUUGUUCAUUAUGCACAAACUCCUUGAUUUCAAGUCAUGAUCUUUCGCAAGAAACAAAAUACCUCGUGGACAGGUACGGAAAGAUUUUCAGACAAACUGAAAACGAUGAAGAAGCCUGGUUCAAGGUGCAAGAUUUAGUUCGCGUCCAUGAAUUAGAGAAAGAUAGCAUAUCGACAUCGCUAGAGACAGUGGAAACCUUUUUACAACAAGCAGAGCUAACGGAAUGGAACUCGGCCAAUGUGAACGCACGCCUCAACGAAAUCCAGAUUUUGCAGAAUGAUUUGUUGGAUGUAAAGCAGAAAUUGCAGCGACAACAACGACUUUUUGACAGUUGCGAUGAUUCAACGUACUUGAAAUGUGUGUUUUUGAAGAACCUGAAGGAAAAUUUGAAGCAAUGUGAAAAUCGAGCGAACAGUUUGAGAAGCUCCCUGACGGCAAAAGGUGCAGAUUUAUCGGAGUGCUUCUGUCAGCUGAUUCAUCACGAGCAGGUACAACGCGAUUUGGAGGCGUGGGUGAAAGCGAAAGAAUCCGAUUAUGCUCUGAUCAUGAAUGCGCCUCCUCUUUCCUCAAUUGAUGCUCAGCAGAGGCAGCUUGAAAAACUAAACAAAUUAUCGGAGGAUGUAGAGAUCUAUCGAAAAAGCAUGAAGACAAUCAACGACUUGUCAGCAAGACUACGAAGGAGGCUUCCCAGUCAAGGAAAUCGCUUGAGAAGCAAUAUGAAUCUGGAUAGGAGGCUAGAAACCCUGAUGUCUACGAUCAACACUGUUAGGGAAAGAUUGCAAAAAGAUCUGGAACACUGGAAUGACAUCGGCAGAGUACUCGCUCACUCUUCAAAUUGGUUUGACCGAAUUAGGCGUAACGAACACGACUGGAAAAUUUAUCCGCUUAGUGAACAAAUUAGGAAAACAGAGGAUGUAAUAAAAGAGGCUGAAGAACAACUCUGCCUGUUAGAAGGAAUUCUGUAUAGCAGACAAUGUCCUGUGCGGGAAACAAACGAAGCACCUUCAACAGACACGCUAAUGAAGGUGCAGAGGGUUACGUUUGACGUGGAGAAUAGGCUGACAGAGCUAGUGGCACAUGCAAGGAUGUUGAAGGAGCUGCAGAGUGAUUUAAAAACCUUUCACAGUGACACUUCCGCUCUUUUGGAAGCCAUGGCCGACUUUAUGGAUCUGCUUUCUUCAGUAGAAGAUAGUGGUUGCGAAAAUAUUGACGUGGCAGAUCUGGAGGCAAGAAUGGGAAGAUUAGGAGAAUGGCUGCAAAGUCAAAGAAAAGCUGCUGAGAAAUUGGAUAUGAAUCUGUUCUUGAAUAAUAAUUGCAAUAUAGAGCUGGAACUUGCAUUGACCCGAAUGAACCAACGUUGGCAAAAACUUUCUGCUGUUUUGAAUAAAAUCAGGCGAAGCGCCGACAACCUUUCGUCAAAAUAUGAGCAGUUUAAAAGACUGGCGAACGAAUUGCUGGAUGUGAGUGAAGACUUGAAGAGAAGGUUGACACAGUCUGUCCCAAGCAUUUUUAGUUCUAGUAUUGAGGGAAUAAAGGAGCAGUUCGAUCACUUGAUCACGUGCCGAAGAAAAAUCGAAAGAUACAGGCCUGCAUAUUUGACGGUGACUAGAGUUGGAAGAGGUCUUUUGACAAGGACACGUGGAGGAAUCAAGGAAGGUGUCACAGAGCUGACGAAAUGUCUUGAUGAUACAUGGGAAACUUUACAGGACGAAAGUGUACGAGGAGUGGACAUUUUGAAGAUCACACUCGAGGCGUGGGAACAAUACACCGAGAGAAUGGAAACAUUGAUGUCUUGGUUGCGUGAUGUCGAAAAAGUUGUAAGAAUUUCUGUUGGUGAAUUUACGAAGCAGGACUUGGAAAAGUACCUUGAAAAGUGCAAGAUUACUGGCGUCAAUAUUGAAUCAAUGCGGUCAGAGCUCGCUGUUGUCAAAGAGUGUGGCAAGGCUUUGCUUCAUCUGAAAUCGGUGACGUCAAACGAUAAGGUCGUCAUUAAAAGGCAAUUGAAAAUCCUCUCGAAGCUGUGGGAUGACGUAUGUCACCAAACGAAACUAAGGUUGCGUCAUAUGAUUGAACUGCUAGAAAAUAUUGAAAAAGCGGAGGAAGUUUGGAAGUUGCUCGACCAGUGGCUAUCAACCAAUGAGGCUUUGCUUAUGAAACAGAAUGUUGCUGGAAAUGCACAAGGUCAAAAGGAUUUGAUUCAAAAGAUUUUCAUGAAAGAUUUAGAAAAAUACGAGCUUGCGAAGAAAAGACUCGGAAGUUUUGUUGUCACAAUCGUUAGUUCUGCGCCCAACGCACCAUAUUCAGAGCACGUAAAAACCCGUCUGCAUGACAUCAGUCGCCGCUGGCAGUCCUUAUGCAGAGACCUGGGCAAGAGUUAUAAGAAAGUAGAGGAAACUGUCUUUGGUUUGCAACUAUUCGAGGCAAUGCUUACUAGGCUAAAUUCUUGGCUCGAAGGAAUCGAGAAACGAGUUCACGAAUUUUUAUUGCACCCAGAUGAAGCAGGAAAUGAAAGACAGCGUAUUCUGGAUUUAAAGGUUUUGUCUGCGGAAGUUAGGUCUAGACAGGCAGACGUCUUCUCAGUUUUAAGGUUAUGUCAGCAUCUGCAACAUACUUCAAAUGCCUGUCCAGUUGAGAAAGACUUUUACGAACUGUUGCAAGUGAAAAGCAGUUUUGAGCAACGAUGGAAUAAUUUGCAAAGAAGUCUCGAGUCAUUGCAACAUCAAACCGAGGUUGGGUUUCGCCUCUCAGCCGAUUGGCACAGUGAUUUCGGCCUGCUGAGCGCAGCACUUUCAAAUAUAAGGCAAAAGUUGAAGAAAGCUGAGCCGUCUCAAAACGGUCGUCGUGGCGAUCCCGUAGAUUCAACUAUGGUAUGCCAACCUCCCUUACGGGCUCGUAGUGCAGAAUCUAUUUCACCAAGCUGGAGAAGCAGAGAAGAAAGUCUUGAUAAUGCUGCUGCUCCUGUGUGGAAAUUGCAUGAGGCGGUCCUCACUCACAAUUCACUCGAUGAAAAGCAGAGGAAUAUUGAACAAUGGCUUACUGAUCUUGAAGUGAAGUUGAUUAAACUGCAGCCGUUUGUUUCGGAUUUAGAGGAAGGACAGCAGAUCAACGAGCUUCAGGGUGUAUUAGAUGAACUCAGAGGGAAUCAGAGUCGUGUCGAAAAAAUCAUUGAAGAAAGUGAAAAGAUCAUGCUACGAUUAAGCACUGUCCACUCAACCUGGACAAAGGAAUUCUCUCUCAGAUAUCGACAGGCGAUUGAUAGCUGCACUUCUUGGAUUCUUGAUUUGUCAGUGCCAGUGAUGGAGCCCAGUCCUCCAGAUAUGCCCAGUCCAUUACAAAGCCAAUGAAUGGUGAUUCAGAUUAAGAGAUGAGCUGAACCUGUCUCCUCCGUUUUUUGUAAUUUUCUUGCCGUAAUUUCGCUGGUAACGAAAUUCGUUGGAAUGCUUCCACUAGUCAUUUCUCAUCGCUGUUAGUUUUUUGUCUUUUCCAAAGGUUGUAUUUCAUUGAUUUCUUGUAACGGAUUGUCGCUUCCCAUUUUCGCUGUUUUUGCAUUUUUGUCACGUAACUUUUAAGAAUUAGCUCUUUAUUAAAAUUUAAAGAAACUGUAAAUAAUAUCAAAUGUGUAAACAUUUUUUAAUUUGUUUAAAGUCAGGUCGCUUGUACAUAUAGUUUGUUGUUUCUUGUAAUAUCGAAGCCUUGCUGAAGUCAACGGUCAAUGAUUUUGGAAUAUUUAACAUGGUAAGAGCCUUUAAAAUGAUUUUCAAAGAAAGUGAUUUUUAUUUAAAAUCGUGAACUCAUGUUUUAAGAAUAACUUCUCAGUACUGGCCUCUAUAGCCCCAUAGUUAACCAUCACUAAAUCAGAAAGAGAUCAACGCCAUAAGGAGAUUCGCACUUAAUAAUGUACCAGGCACCCAAAUGAGGCAGCCAUUGGCUGUUGCUUUUCAGAUGCGAAAUGUAAGCGAUUUACUCACGGUAUCAAAUUCGACCGUUUAGAAUUCAAAACAUUUUUAAGUAUUUAAUAAAGCAAUCCCUCUUCUUUCAUUAAGCUGUGAGCUUUUUUGAGUCUACGGUGAACACUCUUCUUGAAAAUUGAUUAGUUUUUCUAUACAUGCCUUUCAUCAUACAAAAUCUAAGGGUGUGGCCAUCAGCUUAACAGGAAUAUGUCAUUAAUAGGUGCUCUAUAACAGUGAUCACCAUUUUCUUCUUUUUGGGAAUUCGGGUCUGGGGUUCUUUAACAUAAUUAAAUACUCUUUUAGAAAUGUUAUUAAUGCGUUCAUUUUGAUAUUUGAUGUAAAACAUAGAUCAGGGAUUAUAAAAUUGUAUUAGAAAUUGAAUUAAAUGCUAUAUAUGUAGGUCGAUGUUAUUAGAAAA